GAGACAACCAGAAAGAACGUGUCGAACAGUGAUGACGCAAUAUUAGCAGUGGGUUACGUUAGCUGUUUAAGCGUCAUAUAUUUUAAACACGGACUGACUUCAAAACAUACAUACGGAAAUGUCAUCUUUGUGUGGCACCAGCAACAGCUGCCAAGAUGCAGGUCAACAGGCCACUGAGAAACAGGAGAAGGAGCAUCCUCGUGUACUCAUCCCGGAGUUAUGCCGACUCUUCUACCAGCUGGGAUGGGUGACGGGGACGGGCGGAGGGAUCAGUCUGAGACGAGGAGAGCAGAUCUACGUUGCACCAUCAGGCGUCCAGAAAGAGAGAAUUCAGCCAGAAGACAUGUUUGUGUGUGACAUGGAAGAGAGGGACAUCAGCUUUCCACCUGCCUGGAAAAAGUUAAGGAAGAGCCAGUGUACACCGCUUUUUAUGAACGCCUAUAUUAUGAGAGGGGCACAGGCAGUUAUACACACCCACUCCAAGGCUGCUGUCAUGGCAACGCUGCUAUAUCCCGGCAAAGAGUUCAGGAUAACACACCAGGAGAUGAUCAAGGGAAUUCGUAAGGGCACCUCAGGCACCAACUAUCGGUAUGAUGACAGCCUGGUCGUGCCUAUCAUUGAAAAUACACCAGAGGAAAAAGACUUGAAAGACCGAAUGGCUCGAGCAAUGGAGGAAUACCCAGAUUCAUGUGCCGUCCUCGUCCGCCGACACGGUGUCUAUGUCUGGGGCGAGUCGUGGGAAAAAGCUAAGACCAUGUGUGAAUGCUACGACUACCUGUUCGACAUCGCCAUCCAGAUGAAGCAGUGUGGACUUGACCCUUCAGCCAUCCCCACAGAAGAAAAUGGAAUAGUUUGACAUUCGCUGGUGCUUUUUAAAGAGACAUUUGUUGCAGAAAGGUCAGUGGUGUUCAAUCAAGAGAGCAUAUUGUAAUCACUUGCCUUUCACGCCGGCCUGUUUCAAAUGUGAUGGUAAAUUCAAAUCCAGAGUUGAAGGAGAUUGAAUGCCUAUGAUCCAAAAGCACCUGGAGGUACGCUGAAAAGCACUAUGGGACAACUCUUGAAUGAGCAGCUGGCAAAUAAAGGUCCUCGGGUUCAAAUUAUUUCGUAUUCAAGUUUGACUGCCCUGGAAUCAGGGUCUUGGUGCAUGGCAGGCAUGUACACACUGUGCAUUUAAAUGUAUCUACACUUUGCUUCGAUCAAUAAAAACUGAUGGUAUGUAUCUUAUUGGAUCCGGGUCGCAGUAAGCUAAACAAGAUAGUCCAGACUUCCUCUCUCUCCAGCAACGUUUUCCAGCUCCUUUUAAAAAAAUCUAAAUAAAAAUGUCCAUUUUGAAAACAA